AUGUUCCUGCUAUUGUUUUGGGGAGCUGCGCUCGGCCUGACCUCUGCUGUGGUUCUGCCAUCGAUGAGGGACACCCUGACAAAUCCCGUUCACGUGUACGAAGGCGAUGAUGCGCUCAUUACGUGCGUCGUCAGGAACGUGGGUUCCAAUACGGUGAUGUGGAAGAAGGACGACAGAGAGAGGCACAGCAUGCGAGUGUUGACAGCCGGGGAAAAUCGUGUGACUGCCGAUAAGAGAUACGGGGUUUUGCAUGAUUCAGAUUCUUCCCCGAGUAAACCAGAUGGAAUGUCUCCAUUACCAUCCGGUGGUGAUGUUUGGGUUCUAGUCAUUGAAAACUCCAAACCAUCCGAUUCGGGAAUUUACGUUUGCGAAGUAAACAGUAGUCCAAUUGUGAGGAGUUUCCACAAGUUAAGUGUGUUGUCGAAAUCGAUGCUUCCGCCGAAUUAUACGAGUACUGAACCGUCCGCUUCGGGCGAAGACCAAAGACAAAUUAGCAGUAAAAACCACAAUUAUACAGAUUGUUGCACGACAAAGAACGUUUCCUCCUCCUGUUUGGGAUUUUGCAACAUACAGAGCAUUUUAGAAGAUUAUUUCGCAGGAACGACAGGUCAGGAUCCCGAACAAUGCGAAUCGGAUUUUCCUUCGAUAGUCAGUUGCAUGGCAGACGGCAGGAACCACGUGCCCUGUUGUAUACAAGAAAGGGUCCCCGAUAUAUGCCAAGAUGUUUGCAGAGGCGAAUACACCGCUAUCACCGAUAACAUCAAAACCCAUUUCUCCUGUUCUUCGUACACCGAACAAACACUCGCUUGUAUCGUCGAAGGAAUCGAACUCCUUCCUAGUCCUCCUGAAAGCGUUCAAGUCGAAGCGCUCACUGAAAAAUCCUUAAGCGUGGCUUGGUCGCCUCCAAUCUCGAACAGCGAAAGCCUCACCGAGUUCGUCGUCAACGUAACAUCCUUAAAAACUUUCGACGAACGAGAUUACUCCGGAAAUACCAACAAAAACGGCAGCUCCAUUAAGCACAGCGUGUCCGUCAAAGUCCCCGCCAGCCAGCACAACACCAUCCUGCAGGAUCUGAUACCGUUCACGAUGUACGAAAUAACAGUGACCGCUUUGAACAAGCACGGCGGCAGCCUGCCCAGCUACAGCGUUCGCUCGCUCACCCUCACGCCGGGCACCACCAAGCAGGUGACCACGAGCAAAGCGCCGCAGUUGCCGGACAUCAAGAGCUGCUGCUCGAACAAAGGCAUCGUCCACAAGACCUGCAUGAGCAAGUUGUGCGAUCCCGUGAUGGCUUCGACGGCGGAGAUCACCGAUCUGAUGAUUUGCGCGCCUUGGGCGGCGGACACCUUCGGUUGCUUGGCCAAUGGAAUGGAUCACACGCCCUGCUGCAGGGCCAGAGGUCUGCCGGAUAUAUGCCAGCAGCUGUGCACCGGGAACGUGUCCAGCAUAGAUUUCAACUAUUUUAAGUGUUUGCGCUACAUGAGCGAGUACAGCAACUGCCUGCUCCAAGGGUACGGAGUGCUGCCGAGCUCGCCCACUCGCCUGCGCCUCACCAACAUCGAAACGGACUUCGCCAUUUUGCAUUGGGCAGCGCCCAAAACGCUGGGCGACACGGUGCUCUACUACAACAUCUACCUGCGCAACGUCGACGACGAAACGGCCGAUUACAAAAUCCUCCGAAUGGUGCACAGCCCCUUCGUCCUCGAAGGCUUGGAAAGCGAAACCGACUACGAGGUGUACGUGGAAGCGGUGAACGCGCACGGCGUCGGCAUGGAGAGCCCCAUACUGACCUUCAGGACUCAGAGCAAACUGAUAGAAGAGAAAAUCGAGGAGGCCCAAACGUACAACGUAACGGCGUGCUGCGAGGAAGCUCAAAUAAACACGGUGUGUUAUCCGCUGUGCUCGUUCGACGCCAACAUGACCGACAUCAAGACAUUGGCCGGCGUCUGUUCCACCGAUUUCCAGAAGAUCCUGAAAUGCGCCGCCGGCGGACGCAACCACGCGUCCUGCUGUCAGCGUCGCGGCGUUCCUUCCGGUUGCCUGCCCAUCUGCAACGGCGUCAUGCUCAGCACUUUGGCCUUGCCCACGACCAGUUGCGUUCCCUACAUAGGAAACAUCGCCCAAUGCUUCGAAGAAGGAGCUGAAAAGUUACCGGGACCUGUAACGGCUCUGCACGGUGUAGUGGUAGAUGAACACACCAUACUAUUGGAAUGGAACGCUCCGGUUAAUUCUAGUAAUAUCACGGAUUAUGUGAUAAACUACCAGAAAGUCGAUAAUACUUCCAUGUACGAGACCGUAUCGAAAUUCGAAAAGCAAACGAAAGUAAGCGAAGCUACAACUUCGGCUACUCUUACUGACUUGGAGGAGAACCAAAUGUAUCAUUUUUUCGUGGUGUCCAGAAAUAAGGAAGGAACUUCCUUACCUUCUUCGAUCCUUGUGAUAAAACUAACCAAAGAAGACAAAUCGAAAUGGGUUAACGGGGUUACUUCACCGCCGCAUUCUUUAGCAGUAGCCAGUCACAGUGCUACUUGGGUCACCAUUACCUGGCAACCGCCGGAAUUCAGUCACCCGUCCGAAAUUAUAACUUACAGGUUAUUCCACAAAUCGACGUCCGAAGAACAGUUCAACGUGAACAAUUUAACCGUAACAUCGUACAUGAUCAGCAAUUUGAAUCCCAACACCCAGUACAUCGUCUACAUUCAGGCCGUAACGGACAAAGGAGUCAGCAUGCCAUCGGAAACUUUGAUAGCUUGGACUGAUCCGGCUUAUCCCGCUUUUGUCGAACCGCCCACUGUGCAUCCGAUGCACCUGGUAAUCGAAGGCAGCAGUAUGACGAUUCUUUGCAUCGCCAUGGGCACUCCGAUGCCGACAAUUUCUCUCUACAUUAGCGGCAGAUUGGUCAGACAAGAAACCACUCGACACAUGGUUACCGUUAUCAACAACGUCACCAAAGACAUGGACCAAAUUUCUUGUUACGCCGAUAACGGCUACGGCACGCCGAUGCAAGCAUCCAGAAAAAUAACCAUCAGCCACGGUCCCCAUAUUCAAGCCAGCGGCAUCACGAUGACCACCCUCGGCGACUCGGUAACCCUCGAAUGCAAAGUGGAAGCCCAACCCGAACCUAAAAUGCUCUUCUGGCGCAACCACGAAGACCGAACCCCGGUGAUACAAGGCGGCAAAUACGACAUCACCACCAAACCCAUCAGAGACGAGGAACACAAGUACCUAAUGCAGCUCACCAUCAAGCAAAUCACCGACAUGGACGUCGGUGAUUAUUAUUGCCACGCCGAAAACGUCUUCGGCACCGCCACUCAGCCAGUUUCAGUGCGAAUCAGGAAUUUGGCGGCUACUAACAACCUGACGCAGUGCUGCAUCGAGCAGAACGUGACCAGUCCCUGCAUGGACGCCUGUUCUUUCUACCUGGACAUCGACGCUGUUAUCGACAAGUUGGAAUGCAUCAACGACUUCGGGAAGUUGAUGAAAUGCGCCGCCGAUGGGUCGGAUCACAGGAGCUGUUGCGUGCACAGGAACGUGUCCAGAAGGUGUUUGGAUUGGUGUCGGGGCGAGCCGGUCCUGAACCACAAGUCUUGCAUCCUCUCCUACACCAAGAACAUCGUGAGUUGUUUCAGGGAAGGAAGGGAGAAGCUUCCAGGGCCGCCUCAAAACGUGCAAGUGGAUUUUGUAGAUUCCCAUACAGUGAAUAUUAAAUGGGAUGCGCCGAUGAAGAACCCUCACACGGUGGAAAUGUAUCGGGUUAUGCUGAAAUCCAACGAUGUGCAUAGCAAGGAAACGUUCAAAGAAGACACUCCGACUAAUCACAUCAAGUUUGAGAAUCUGAAAGCUGGAGCGACGUAUUCGGUGGUGGUGAAAGCGGGAAACAGCAAAGGAACUUCCACGCUAACCGAGCCUUUGAAAUUCACAAUGAGCGAUAAAUACAUUACUUCUGCUGCUAGUCAGGAAGGCCACGAUAGCCACGUUGGCGUGAUUGUGGCUGUGAUUCUGGCCUUGGUCGUGGUCGCAGCCAUUUUCGCAGGCGCCGUUUGGUUCAUGAGAACCAGGAAGAUGUUGGGGAUUAAAAAUUCGAAUGGCAUCGCCUUCGAGAAUCCCAGUUACUUGAGGGAGGUCAACAUGGAUCACAUACAAAUACCGCAAAGGGAUUCGGAAACAAACCACCUGACAAACGGUAGUGCUAAUAAUAUUUUAGUUUCCUCGUCUUCGGGAGGUCCUGGGUGGAAUAACGAGCAGCUACAUGUUCCUGCUCAGCAGGAGGUGAACCCGACUUUGUACGAAGAACUGAAAUUAGGACAAGACGGUGCUGGUUUUAAGAGGUUGAAGCCCUAG